AAUCUCUGGCCCCGUUGGGAUGGUGGGAGAGGGGAGGUUUUCACGGUAGCUCGCAAUGCCACCAGCAGCGAGGGGGGUCCACAUGGAAUUCGGGUAGAGAUGCUCCCAUCGAUCGAUCGAUCGGCAUAAACAAAAUGGAAUGGAAGGUUGCUCGCUGUCUACUUCAAGAAGGUUAGGUUCUUGCUCGCCUCGCCCAGGGAUAUUUCUUGCCUUGAGCGCGCAGAUUUCCAGCGAGCAGCGCAGCGCCAGCGCCAGAGAGCCAAUGCCGGCAGAUUCUUAGCUUGCAAGGCCUCCUUGCGAGAGAUUUCGGUCGAUUCCAGGCGCCGCUGUCGGCGAGAUUUGGGACCUGGAACACCGGCAUCGAGAGAAUCCCGCGAUAAUCCACCUCAAUGGCUCUGUUCCCGUCGCCAAAUCCCAAGAACAAGCCGUCCUGGAAGCUCCUCCCGAUUCUCAUCCUCGUCGUCUUCUCCCUCGCCUUCUUACUCUUCCGCGACGCUAGCAAUCCCUCGCAAUCCCUCGCAUCUUCUUCUUCUUCUUCUUCCUCCUCCUCUCCCUCCUCGCAGAUCGUCCUCGUCCCCGUGAAGAACACAAUCUCGGUCCCAAUGACGGUGGAGCACCUCCCGCACGAUCUCAUGACCGCGCUCGUCCACUACGCCUCCACCGACACUACGCCACAGCAGACCCGCGAGGAGAUCCUCAUGACCGCCAAGGUCCUCGCCAGCCGCGGCCCCUGCAACUUCCUCGUCUUCGGGCUUGGCCACGAUAGCCUCCUCUGGAAGAUGCUCAACUACGCCGGAAGAACGGCGUUCCUGGAGGAGUCCGAGGAUUGGAUCCGGCAGAUCAGCGAGAAACAUCCGGAGCUAGAGACCCAUAUCGUGGAAUACAGCACAGUUCUCACCGAGGCCGAUCAGCUGCUAGAACACGCUCGAUCCAAUCGAAAGGGGAAGUGUACUGCCGUCCAGAAUUUGCUACUCUCCGAGUGUAAGCUCGCGCUCAAUGGGCUGGCGGACGAGCUCUUCCAGGUGGAGUGGGAUGUGAUCAUGGUGGACGCGCCGCGCGGGUAUUUCCCCGGCGCGCCCGGGAGGAUGGCGGCGAUCUUCAGCGCGGCCGUGAUGGCGCGGAGCCGCAAGACUGGGAAUGGGACGGAUGUGUUCGUGCACGAUGUGGAGCGCCCCGUGGAGCGCAGCUACUCGGAGGAGUUUUUGUGCCGGGAGAAUUUGGUGGAGGAAUCGGUGACGAGCCAUCUGUGGCAUUUUAGGGUUCUUCCCAGCCCCGUGGGCAGGCACGAGUUUUGCGUCGCAUCGUCUUCCUCGGGGGGAUCUCCCGCCAAUUGAGCUCGUGUGAUCUUUCCUCCUUUCUAGAGAAAUUUAGGGUUCUUCCAAAGGGCAUUUCUCGAUGCUAUGAUUUGUCGCAUUUUUUUUAUCAAUCG